AUGGCGGCGGCGAUCGCCAGCUCCCUGAUUCGGCAGAAAAGGCAGGCGAGGGAGCGCGAGAAAUCCAACACCUGCCGCUGCGCCAGCAGCCCGAACAAAGCCAAAAGUGUAUGCGAGAAACCGAGUCGCCUCAGCGUCUUCUCCCGGGUCAAGCUCUUCGGUUCUAAGAAGCGCCGGAGGAGACGACCAGAGCCCCAGCUGAAGGGGAUCGUGACGAAGCUGUACAGUCGGCAGGGCUUCCAUUUGCAACUCCAGGCAGAUGGAACCAUUGAUGGAACUAAAGAGGAGGACAGCAGUUUCACCAUGUUCAACCUCAUCCCAGUGGGUCUGCGAGUGGUAGCCAUCCAGGGCGUCCAGACCAAACUGUACCUGGCCAUGAACAGUGAAGGCUACCUGUAUACAUCAGAACAUUUCACACCUGAGUGCAAAUUUAAAGAAUCAGUGUUCGAGAACUACUACGUGACAUAUUCCUCCAUGAUAUACAGACAGCAGCAGUCAGGCAGAGGCUGGUACCUAGGCCUGAACAAAGAGGGCGAAAUCAUGAAGGGCAACCAUGUAAAGAAGAACAAGCCUGCUGCACAUUUCCUGCCCAAACCUUUGAAAGUGACUAUGUAUCGGGAGCCCUCUCUGCAUGACCUGACUGAGUUCUCGCGCUCUGGCAGUGGUACACCCACUAAGAGCAGGAGUGCAUCAGCUGUCCUUAACGGAGGCAAGGCUGUGAGUCAGAACGAGUCCACGUAGCCCAGCUGCUCUGGCCUGCUUACCCUACGCCUUCACCAAAACCUCCGGAUGCUCGUGACU